CUUUACGUACACGAAAAUUCUACUUCGUUGCUUAGAAUCGCUCUAUCCUUCUUCACCCGUCUUUCUUCUUCCAUAAGAUUUUACAUAUUGUCUGUAAUUCAGUGCUACGAUCAUUGUUUGAUUUUCAAUCCGAAUCACAAUUUGUUGUUGCGAUCGAGCAGGGUGAUUGAUGAUAUGGAAUAUGAUUUCAGAAGACGAACUGGAUCGUCGUAUGAAUCCGCCGCACCGUUGCCCGGCCGGCGACCGAACUCCGACUUCCGUCAAGCGCACUCGCUGUACCCUGACAUAGGCGGCACCGCCACGCCUCGGAACCCUAAUCUCCACCGCCAUCCGCCUCCUCCUCCCAACUCUGGAUUGGGAAUUAGGGUUACUGUGAAGCCGGAACACCGUAUUACGCCGCCGCCUCCUCUGUUGCCGGAACUAGGAGAGAUUCCGAGAAGUAAUUUCCGGUUCGAUUUCGAUUUCGAGAGGAAUGUUUUGGUCGAGGCAGUGAAGGAAAGCCCUAACUGGAGCAGGAUUGGGAUCGAAAUUGUUCCUCCGAAAGCAGCUUCACGCGGUCCGAGAACUGAUCCGGUAGCUAGUAAAUUCAUUGCAGCUGGUUUAAAUAGUGAGGCUGUGCCACUUGCAGUUGCUAACUAUGGAGACAAUCCCACUAAGGUUAAGGAAUUUGCCAACGGAUAUUCUCUUUUACGGGAAAUGGGUUUCUCAUCGAACAACGUUGCAGAAGCCUUGCUCAUGUAUGACAACGACACGGACAAGGCGUUGGCGCAUUUUCUCAACACUGCAUAAAAAAAAAAAAAGAAAAAGAAAAA